GGAUUUCUUGCUGUUUGUUCACUGCGCUGUAUUUACCGUUCAGCAUCAUCGUCAAUUUAUUUGCCAGUCUUUGUGCCAUCAACGUUUAAUCAGUUCACAAUGGCGGCCGCGGCAAGAGGCCUCAACUUCAUCUACCGCAUGGCGGUUCCCGGCGCCAUCGCAACCUACGCCGUUUCUCAGUCCAUCUUCGAUGUCAAGGGCGGAACGAGAGCCGUCAUCUUUGAUAGAUUGUCCGGUGUCAAGGAUGAGGUUAUUAGCGAGGGUACUCACCUGCUGGUUCCGUGGUUGCAGCGCGCUGUUCUGUUUGAUGUCCGCACAAAGCCUAGAAACAUCGCCACAACGACUGGCUCCAAGGAUUUGCAGAUGGUUAGCUUGACGCUGCGUGUCUUGCACCGUCCAGUCGUCAAGUCUCUCCCUAAGAUCUACCAAAACCUCGGUGUCGACUACGACGAGCGUGUCCUCCCUUCUAUCGGUAACGAAGUCCUGAAGGCCAUCGUUGCCCAGUUCGAUGCUGCCGAGCUCAUCACCCAGCGUGAGGCUGUCUCUCAACGCAUCCGCGACGAACUGACGCGCCGCGCCGCCGAAUUCAACAUUGCUCUCGAAGACGUCUCCAUCACCCACAUGACCUUUGGUCGCGAGUUCACAAAGGCUGUUGAACAGAAGCAGAUCGCUCAACAGGACGCUGAACGUGCCCGCUUCAUUGUCGAGCGUGCCGAGCAGGAGCGUCAAGCCAACGUUAUCCGUGCUGAAGGUGAAGCCGAGAGUGCCGACACCAUCAGCAAGGCCAUGGCCAAGUCUGGCGAUGGCUUGGUUCAGAUCCGUAAGAUUGAGGCAAGCAGAGAAAUUGCCCAAGCAUUGUCUAGCAACCCCAAUGUCGCUUACCUCCCAAGCGGCAAGAACGGUGGUGGCCAGUAUCUCCUCUCUGUUGGCAGAGCUUAGAGGAAGCACCAAUGUAUUACUCUCUUAGGAAGAUGGGAAAUCCCCCCUUUAUGUUAACUUUUGCUCGAUGAGCAGCUAAAUCUUGUACUUAUAGAAGCCAAAAUUCAAUGAAUCAUAAUUCUCCUUUGUU